AUGUCAAAUCAACAAACUAAAACUUGUGUAGGAUGUCAUUCUAUUCGAAACAAAAUUACUGAAACUGUGUAUAAUUCUCUAGUUUCAUUAAAUAAUACAAAUGAAUUUUAUGAAAGCGAAAAUAAAGGAUUGAAUAUAACUUUUCAUGUUGAAUUAUCAUCAUUAUAUAAUACUAUUCUGGAGAAUAAUGAAUCACAAAAAGAAAAUAUAGAAUUUGAAAUUGGCCAUCAUAUUGCUUCUCUUGUCUCUGAUGGAGAUGCAAAACAUCCGGAAUCAAAUAAACAGCGAGAUACUCUUCCUUUUCUAGAAAGAUAUGACUGCAAGGGAAUAAUAAAUAUAGAAAUUUUAUCAAAUUUAGAUAUAGUUAAAGUCAAGUACUCUCAUGAGAUAUUACAUCCAAGACCAAGACAUGUCUCAACAACAUCUAAAAUAAAAAAAUUUAUUCAAGAUAAAGUUGAUUUUAAUGUUCCUGAAAUUUGGCGCCAAAUUCAAGUUAAUCAUAUUAAUGGAUAUAAAAAUUUUAGCAUUCAGCAAGCUUAUUACUGGUGGUCUAUAGAAUCUCACAAAAUAUAUUUUCGAGAUUCUAAUCCUUUAUUAUCUGCUAAACGUUUAUUAGAAGAAUAUAAUCAGGAAAUUAUCGUAGACAAUCUUGAUUCCUCGACACCUACUCUAGGAUUUUUAACUUUAUUGUUUGGUCGACUAUUUAAUAAUAAAUUCGAUGCAAUUGCUAUUGAUGCAACUUAUGGUACUAAUAAUUUGGGAUGUGAAUUAUAUUCACUUUUGGGUAUAAUCGAUGGUGCCGGGUUUCCACUUAGUUACCUUUUUGUUUCAGCAGGAAAAAAUCAUAAUAUGACUUAUAUUCUUUUUCAAUGGAUGCAAGCUAUAAAAGAAAAAGGUUUACAAUCUUUUUCUUUUAUACUUACUGACAAGGAUUAUAGUGAAAUUAAUGCAGCACAAGCUGUUUGGCCUGAAGCUCAUUUACAGCUAUGUGUUUGGCAUGUUCAGCGAGCAAUAAAACAACAAUUGGCAUCUACAAAAACAAGUACAUAUUAUAGUUAUAAUCUAAGACAUGCACAUCAAGAAUUAAUCAAACUUGUUGAAGAUCAUUCAAAACGCCAUAUGUUAUUACCAAAACUUGAUGGAACUUUUAUUACAAAUGCAGACGAAAUCUGGAAGGAAUGUGUUA